AUGUGGUUUAUUUUCUUAUUUAUGAUUGAUUUUAUUGUUGCAAAAACGAUUUAUUAUGAUAGUGCACUAGGUUAUAAAUGUAAAAAAAAUGAAAAUUGUGCUGGUCUUGUACCAAAUUCAAUGUGUUUUAAUAAUAAAUGCGUAUGUCAAUUCGGAUAUAAAUCUGAUGGAAUUUUUCGAUGUAUAUCCAUUAUGCGUCAUCGUCGACAAAUUAAUUUUGGUAAAAGUAAUUUAAGAGUUCAAAUGUUGGGUGAAGAAUGUGAAUCAAAUGAUGAAUGUCGUCGAACACCAGUUGAUGGAACAAAACUAUGUUUAUUAAAUCGAUGUCAAUGUUCAUCUGGUCAUAUACCAAUUGAUGCUUAUCGAUGUAUUCGAGAUUUUGAACAAUUAUCAUCAAAUACACAAGUAGUAAAAACAUCUGAAAUAGAAGAACCUCCUGGUUAUGGUUCAAUGUGUUUGACAAAUAAGAAUUGUCAACAUACUACUGUUCAACUUGAAUGUUUUCGUGGAACAUGCGUUUGUUUAGAAGGUUAUGUUCCAUUAGGAAAAUAUUUGUGUUAUAAUAUUCGUGGACAAGAAAGUUCAACUCUCAUUUCUACUCUUUCUACAACAGCAUCAACAGUCAAUCUACCAAAUAAUGAAAUUGUUAAAUCCUUAGGUAAAUUAGGCAAUACAUGUACAAAUAAUUAUUAUUGUCGACGAUCAGUAUCUCAAUCACAUUGUUAUAAUGGAAAAUGUUCAUGUAUUAAUGGUUAUAUAUCAGUUGAUUCUUAUACUUGUAUUGAAGAUACAAAUUCAGAUUUAACAGCAAGCUUAGCUGGUUAUAAAAGUUUAUUAGGUGGAAAAUGUAGAACAAAUCAGAAUUGUCAUACAUCAGAUGCAAUGUGUUUAAAUAAUAUAUGUAUUUGUCCAAGAGGUUAUUUUCCUAUUGAUAAUUGGAAUUGUUUAAAAGAUCCAGAUGCAUCGAGUGAAGAAUUAAUUCAAGUGACAACAACAAUUUCGACGACAACGACGACGAUGACAACCACAACAACAGCAGCAACAACAACUGGUUUUCUUUGGUGGCCAUGGUCACCAUCAUCAACAACACGCCAAUCCCUAAUUAAUUUAAAAAAUAUAUUUCCUUUUCGUUGUUUACUUAAUCGACAAUGUAUUAGUAUGGAUAGAAAUUCUCAUUGUACAUCAUUUGGACGAUGUGUAUGUAAUAUUGGUUUUAAAUUAGAAAUGACUAAUAAAGAACAAAGAUGUGUUCGAAAAAUAAUCAAUGACGAUGAUUGUGACUAG